UUCACUAAAAAGUUCCACUUCCUGUCUAAACCACCCUUCAGAUCUUCAAAUCUCUUUUGUCUUCUCUUUCCAAAUUCUUGAAAUCUUGGGUCCUUCCCGCCGUUUUUUUCUUGCCAAAACCUCCCCCACCGCAGAAAUGGUCGGGGCCAGGGCUUCAAAGCGUCAAUGUACGUCGAAGAACAACAACAGAGAAGUCCUAAGCGAUUUUAAUGAGAAGCUUCUGGAAUGUGUAGAACUGUCAGACUCGCAUACUUCGGACUCCAGCUGCGAUUCUAGUUCACCAAUCGUCAAGAGACACCGGAAGACGAAAAGGAAGGUCUUGGAUCCUUCCCAAAUCGAGUCAUCAGAAAACGUCCAGGUUUAUUCGUCAAUAGCAAAGAAAUCGUUUGAGAAAAUCCAUUCGGCACAAUUUGAUUUCUCUGCGUUUUGCGUCGGCACAAACGAAGACCAUGCGGAGAGAACUGCUGAGAAUUCAAACACAGGUGAAACAGAGACCCCUGGGACCACUGCCAGCCAUGAGGAAAAUAAUUUCCAAUCGUCGCCGUCACCUCCAACACCACCACCUCCUCUCCGCAUCAGAAACACACGGAGAUUAUCAUCCAGAACAGAAAUAAGUCGCAAAAUAACCACAAUCAAAUCGAAUAUCAGGAAAUUCGACCAGAUGUUACAUUCUUCACAGAUACCCUUUGAAAAGCACACGCCGUCAGCAUCGGGGAUGAUGACAACGACAAGGGGAGGCAGCUCCAACGAAGUGUGUGUGCUAGAUGACAGCGUCAUCAUUGUAGACGAUGACGACGGAGACAACGACAAUGAUGACUGCUGUAUUUGUGAAGAAGGUAGUGGUGGUGGUAGAAGAACCAACAGAAGAGGCAGAAUUAACAGUGGUCAUGAGAGUCACACCAGCAUCCCCGAAAACCGAAGGAUCGUCGUCAUGGUGAAAGUGGAGCUGGAAGUGAAGCGUUUCGAGAUGAAUUAUAACGAUACCUUCUGCCAGCUUUUCGCUGAUCUGGCCCGCGAUCUCCAGGUGACAGAGGACCGUUUGAUCCUGCUACUCAACGAUACCACCAUCCACCAGAAUGAGUCUCCAGCCUCCGUUCAGCUACGGGUAUCCGACAUCUUAGUCUGUCUUGUCUCCGUGGAUACGGACUGCGGCCAGAACAUGGCCAAACGUACGGGGCCAAACAUUUUCCAGCUGGUUAUUCAAAGCAAUGGUCAGAAGAGAUGUAAUGUUAACAUGUCCGUUGGAAAGUUUGAAACCAUUCAAAGUGUUUUGGACAUCUACAGGAAACAGCAGAACUUGAACACGGAUCUCCUGAAGCUGUACUUUGAUGGCGAGCUCCUGAACACCACGCUGACGCCAGCCGCCUAUGGCAUCGAAGACGGCGACUGCCUCGACCUCGUGGUAGAGACCUAGCGACGUCUUCGGACGGGGAACUUACCUAAAUGGCCAAGAGUCACGUUUGGUUGGUUGGUUGGAGCAGGAAGUGUCAGGGAGUGCCUGGGGAGGAACGUUUGGUUGGUUGGCGCCUCUAGGCCCUCCGAGCAGGACACGGCCGAGGGUAGCCUGAGCCCUGUUUCCCCACCCACCCACCCACCCCUUUACCUGCUCUUUUCUUUCCUCUACCCUUAAUUACACUCGACCACCCACCACCACCCCCACUUCCCUUGGCCACACACACAUACAUGCGCAUUGACUAACAGCUCCCCAUGCUGUUACAUUCUCUCCUUCUUCAUCCACCCCACCCCCACCUCCCACCUCACCUCCCUCUUUAU